ACCCAUUCCUACUUCUAGAAACUUCUAUCAGCGGCUAUAAAGAGCAGCAGCGAGGAGGGUUUUGCACAAUCCACAGGACACCACAGAGAGGAGAAACACUGCAAAUCUGAGCAAGGCUUUAGCAGACAAACAGGAUGUGGCUGAGCAACGUCGUAGUCGCUCUUUGCCUGCUGGCCCUGGUGGCCUGUGCAGAGGACAAGAAGCUGAGCAGCCACGCUUCCACACUGGCUGACACCAGUGCCAACCUGGCCUUUAGCCUCUAUCACAACAUGGCCAAGGCCAAAGACACCGAGAACAUCCUCAUCUCGCCCGUGGUGGUGGCGUCCUCGCUGGGCAUGGUGGCCCUCGGGGGUAAAUCGUCCACCGCCUCGCAGGUCAAGACGUUGCUGCACGCCGACAAAAUCAAGGACGAGCAUUUGCACGCCGGCCUGUCAGAGCUGCUCUCACAGGUGAGCGAUGCCAAAACGCGCAACACCACCUGGAAGAUCAACAACCGCUUGUACGGGCCCAGCUCGGUGGUCUUCACAGACGACUUUGUGAAGACCAGCAAGAAGCACUACAACUACGACCACUCCAAGAUCAACUUCCGGGACAAGAAGAGCGCCGUCAACUCCAUCAACGAGUGGGCGGCCAAGUCCACUGAUGGCAAGCUGCCAGAGGUCACCAAGGACGUGCAGAACGCCGACGGGGCCGUGAUCGUCAACGCUAUGUUCUUCAAGCCUCACUGGGAUGAGAAAUUCCAUGAACAAAUGGUGGACAACCGUGGCUUCCUGGUGACCCGCUCUUUCACGGUCAGCAUUCCCAUGAUGCACCGCACAGGGCUGUACGACUUCUACGAGGACAAGGAGAACAAGCUGUACGUGCUGGACAUGCCUCUGGGCAAGAAGCAGGCCUCCAUGAUCUUCAUCAUGCCCUACCACCUGGAGCCCCUGGAGCGCCUGGAAAAGCUGCUGACCAGGAAGCAGGUGGACACUUGGCUCAGCAAGAUGGAGAACAGGGCCGUGGCCAUCUCGCUGCCCAAGGUCUCCGUGGAAGCCAGCCACAACCUGCAGAAACAUCUGGCCGAGCUCGGCCUGACGGAGGCAGUGGACAAAGCCAAGGCCGACCUGUCCAACAUCUCUGGUAAGAAGGACCUGUACCUCUCCAACGUCUUCCACGCGUCCGCCCUGGAGCUCAACACAGAAGGCAACCCGUUUGACACCAACAUCUUCGGCAGCGGGCGGCUGAAGGACCCAAAGCUUUUCUACGUGGACCACCCUUUCAUUUUCCUGGUGAAGGACAGCAAGACCAACUCUGUCCUGUACCUGGGCAGAGUGGUUCGACCCAAAGGGGACAAGAUGCGCGACGAGCUAUAAUGUUAACUUUUAAAUACUUAGUUUUUUAGAGCAUUACCUCAGGAACACAUUCCUUGAAGGCAAACUGUGGAUUUAAUAACUGAACUUAUUCCUCGUAAAGUUCCACUUAAAUUGAAUGCUGAAAUAACUGUUAGCAUGCUAACGUUAGCAUUCUAGCAUGCUAACUUUUUUAGGUAAUUUAGCAGCCGUUUACCCCAGAGUAUCCCAGAGUCAUAUAAAAAAAGUUAAAGUACCACUGAUAGUCACACACACACUAGGUGUGGUGAAAUUAUUCUCUGCGUUUGACCGAUUCCCUUGUUCCACCCCCUGGGAGGUGAGGGGAGCAGUGAGCAGCAGCAAUGGCCACGCUCGGGAAUCAUUUUGGUGAUUUAACCCCCAAUUCCAACCCUUGAUGCUGAGUGCCAAGGGAGGUAAUGGGUCCCAUUUUUAUAGUCUUUGGUAUGACUCGGCCGGGGUUUGAACUCACAACCUACCGAUCUCAGGGCGGACACUCUAACCACAAGGCCACUGAGAAGGUAUAACUGGGUAUGUGACACAUGCUAAUUGUUAGCAUGCUAACUUUUUAAGGUAAUUUUGCAACCGUUUACCCCAGAGUCAUAACUUGGUAUGUGACACAUGCUAAGUGUAAGUAUGCCAACAUUAGCCAGUUAGUUAGUUUGACUCACAUGUGUCCUACCGGAAUUGCACAGAUUUUUGUAUUAAGUAUGACAUUCCAACAUUUUACUGUCGGUAUAGGCCAGGCUACCCUUUAAAUGUUUAAAGACGAGUAGAUCACUGCACAGGCUUGUUUGACUUCUAAAUCCACUCCUUGUUAUUUGUCUUUCUGCCUGCACUGAAUUGUACCGGCUUUAACUUGCAGAGGAAAUGUAGUUUAAUUUACGCUGACCCACAAAAAAUGCUGUAGGAAUUGUGUGAUAACAAACAAAAAUGUCAUCCUUUUUUAAAUAAAAAGUGGGGAAAAAAAACCUGGAUUGUUUUUGGUGUGAGAAACCAAAAUAGAGAUGAUAAUCUUUCCAGUCGGCUGGAGGUCAAAGGGCGUCCCCGUGUUUGGGAUGAGAUGAGCAGGGCUUAUCUGCCGCAGUCAACUAUUCAAAGAAUGUCAGGCUUGACUUGUUGGACUCGCCUGCUAGACUAAAUAAAAGUCUUUGUUGGGUUAUCCCACACAAAGGAGUGUAGGGGCUUCAUGGUGAGCAGGGAACUCUUCAAAAGGCUGGUAAAAAGGUUUGGUCAUAAAAGUCUAAUGUGCAACAUGAGCGCCCUCCUGUGGCAGAAAGAACUAACUGAUUUGAUGUGACAAUAAGUUGUUUAAUUCAUCAUUUUUGGGGUAUUUUUCAACAUUUCUGAUCAUGUUGUGCUGGUUCAAAAAUGUGCCAAACUCUGCAAAUAUGAUUAAAAAAUCUCUUUUGCAAUCAGAGUCAUUAGAAAAUAAUGCAAAUAAAUUAUAUGAAUAAAUAUAGUCCUAUUUUCAGGUAGAAGUAAAGAACAUAUAAAUAUGUACAAUAAAGAAAAUAAUACAUAGCAGUCCCCAGGGGGGAAUUUGCUUUGGAGGCCCACGAGAUCCAGCGGAAGUUGCUGUAACGACAACUUUUAAUUCAUUUUUUUUGGACGUUGCUUUGAAAGCACUUUUAUUAAUUAUUAUUGCAGAGUCGUGUUGUACCAAUACCAAGAUUUUGGUACCGGUACCAAAUAUAUUUAAAUACU